GCUGUGGUCAUCAUCAUGUGCAAUGUCGGUGCUGUCCUAUGGUGCUGUCUCACGCUGAAUGACAGAAGAUACGUAAAAUAAAUAAAAUGUGGUUUCGGUGGAAAAAUGGCAUCAUCCCCGUUAAAGCUAUCUAUCCGUUAAACCACAAUCACUGUUAAAGGAUAAAGAUUAUAAGACAAAGCUUGUGUGAGAUGCAAAGAUUUCUAUGCAUUCGAGUCUUCAGGCAGACUGAUGCUCUGCUGCAGAUCAGACCUCCAUCUUUUUUAAAUUGUACUACACAGUCACCGGUACCCACAGAACACGGAUGCUGGAAACACCUGAGCUCCAGCCCACGAUGGCUCAGCACAUCUACUGUGUCUUUCUGUCCGUCUCCUCAGAGUAACUCCACCAGAGAUCGUCCAGUCAGUGCAGUACCAGGACAGGAUGAGCCCGACCCUCUGCAGGACCAAUCGAUGGGCCUCAUGCAGCGAUUCAAAAGGACCUUUAAGCAGUAUGGGAAAGUCAUGAUCCCUGUGCACUUGGUGACGUCCACAGUGUGGUUCGGCACAUUUUAUUAUGCUGCAAUGAAAGGAGUGAAUCUGGUGCCAUUUCUUGAAUAUGUUGGAUUUCCUGAUAAGGUUGUUAAACUCCUGGAGAACUCUCAGAGUGGCUAUGCACUAACAGCAUAUGCCAUGUACAAGAUUGCCACACCUGCAAGGUACACGGUCACUUUAGGAGGAACGUCACUGUCUGUGAAGUACCUGAGGAGGCACGGCUACAUGUCCACUCCUCCACCUGUGAAGGAAUAUCUCCAGGAGAAGAUGGAGGAGACCAAAGGGAGAAUCUCUGGCAAAAUGGAAGAGACCAAGGAUCGUUUAUCUGAGCGAAAGGACAAAUUCAGUGAAAAACUUCAAGAAACCAAAGACAAAGUGUCUUUCCGAAAGAAAAAGGAGUAGGUUUAUAAUGGCUCAUGAAGGGAGUUUUUAGGUGUAGAUUUAUGUGUCUACACAGUAUGUGAACAGGGGCAAUGCACUAAAGCUUUGAUCUGAUGUCUCCCAAUAACGGUAUAAUGAUUCACUUGAUGUUAUUUGACAAAAUAAUAGAGUUAAAGGAAAAACACAUAUGCAAAAUCUAAUGUAGGCUGCUCAUUCUAUACUUAUUGUUCACAAAGUAUGCUAAGCUGUUACAAAAUAAUAAAGUCGUAGAUAUAAAAAUAUUAUUGCACAUUGAAGGCAAGAAAAUUGUUAGAUUCUUGUAGUAUAUUUACAAGAAUAUGUACAUGUUUUUAUUUUCUAAAAAAAAUAAAAAAAUAAAAGUAGACGAGUCUACUGUUAUGUGUCCACAUGUUAGGUCUGUGUAAUACUCCGUAACUCUGCCUCAGUCCUUCUUAUUAAUAAUUAUAUUAUUAAGCUAAGAUUUGUAAACAGCCCAGAGUUGUCAUACGUUUAGCGUACGGAAGAUGAAGUAGAAAACCUGCAUCUUUUAAAUUCUCUAUACUGUACACUGAAUUUGUGAUGUCCUGUUUUUAUCAUUGUGUGAGCUCAUAUUAACAUACUGUUUUCUUUCUUUACGGUAUGUGCACUGUCAUGCAUUAAGUCAUCUUUUUGCUUUAAUGUUAUAUUUUGCAACAUAGAUUUUAUAAUCAGCAAAUGUUCUGGUCAAGCACUUUUUUGGAGACACCUACAUCAUGAUGUGAUGACACCUGGCUGUACACUUACAAUAAAACAUUUACACAGCAUUCUGUUGUUUUAUUUAGGGCAGGCCCCUAGCAUUUUUGCUUAUUGGUCCCAUAACCCCCCCCCCAUUACAUUACAGAGUAUGCGGCUACAGCAGAUUACUGUAUUACUAGAA